AUGAACUCUCCAAUGCCCCCUGGAGACGCGGACAAAGUGGUCCAGAUCGACCUCAGCUCCUAUGGACACACUGGCACCGGAUACAAACCGACUGGCGACGACUACAUCUUCCCAGAGCCUGACACCUUCCUCAAAUCACUCAGUAAAGCAUUCAACAAGCAACUGUCCAUCGACCCUCGUCUAAAGGAAGAAUUCAACCAGACCUACCACGGCGCUCAAGUCGAGUUCACAGCCCUGCCCACUGGCUACACCGUCACCAAAAAGAUCCGCGAUGACAAACGCCAAGACUACGAGAUCCACGGCCACUUCUCUGGUAUCGGGUCUUUUGACUCAGCACCCCAGUUCCUGAAACAUGCGAUGGGAAUCAUGAGGUUGCAUCUUGUGGAUUGGUUGGAGUUGAGGGAGGAGCAUUUGACAAAGCCUGAUGGAUUGGAGUGUGAGUGUGUGCUUUGCAAGAGAAAGACUGCGGAGCAGACUUGGAUACAGAAGAAGGUGGAUAGAGAGGGCAAGGGUGGAAGUCUGGGGGUGGUGUUUGAGGAUGAGGUUGAU